UACAUUGUGUUUGUUUAUAUGUGGUGCGGUACGAUGGUGAAUGUCAGGUGGUGUAAAUUCAGUAAUUGUCCCAAAGGGUAUAGGAAUCUUUCGUUAUCAACAAAAAACAACAAAGAUUGCUAUUUUAUAACAACACCGAUAUUCUAUGUAAAUGCUUCACCUCACCUCGGACAUUUGUACACUGCCGUCAUAGCGGACGCACUUCAAAGAUUUCAGCGGUUGGUGUAUGGCACAAAGUGCAUUUUCAGCACGGGCACUGACGAGCAUGGCACGAAAGUACAGCAAGCUGCCGCUUCUGCCAAAAUGGAUGUGCCGACUUACUGCACUUAUAUAUCGAAUAAAUAUAAAGCUACAUUUCAUCAGUUCGAUGUUGGUUUUACCGAUUACGUAAGAACAACAGAUGAAAGACAUAAAGCAGCGGUUGAACAUUUCUGGAAUGAUUUAAGGAAAGGUGGAUACAUAUAUAAAGGUCAGUAUCAUGGCUGGUACUGUGUGUCUGAUGAGACAUUUCUGGCGGCAUCUCAACUGCGGGAGGAAGUUGGCCGUGAUGGGUCCUUAUGCAAAGUGUCUGUGGAAUCUGGCCAACCUGCUGAGUUUACAGUAGAAGAUAACUAUAUGUUUCGCCUGAGUAAUUUUCAGCAAGAUUUGCUUCACUGGCUUCGUGAUGAAAAUUCUGUACAGCCCUCCAAAUUCAGAAAACAACUGGAAAAAAUGGUCCAUGAAGGUUCAGUGCUGCAAGAUCUUUCAAUUUCUCGCCCAAGGGAACGUGUUCCAUGGGGCAUACCUGUACCAGAUGACCCUAAUCAUACAGUUUAUGUUUGGCUAGAUGCCCUUGUAAACUAUCUCACUGUUACGGGUUAUCCUGAACAUGACUUUGCUUGGCCGCCAGAUGUGCAGGUUGUUGGGAAAGACAUACUGAAGUUUCAUGGUGUCUACUGGCCGGCUUUCCUCAUUGCUGCUGGUCUUCAGCCACCACGCACAUUACUCUGUCAUUCACAUUGGACUGUUGAUGGUGAGAAGAUGUCGAAGUCUCGACAAAAUGUGGUUGAUCCUGCUGCACUAAUUCACGACUUCACUUCAUGUGGAGUACGAUACCUGUUGCUCAGGGAAGGAGUGCCACAUUCUGAUGGAAAUUACAGUACAACAAAGGCUGUGCGCAUAUUGAAUUCUGAACUUGCUGACACACUUGGUAACUUGUUGAAUCGAUGUUGUGGUAUGGCUAUUAAUCCUGAUCAGAUAUAUCCACAAUUCUGUGACGACACGUACCGACAGUACUGUGUGCACAAUGGAGCUAAGCUAAAAGAUAGAGCCACACAUCUGGCAGGUGUGGUAAAAGAGCACUUUGAAGAAUUUAAUUUUCAUCGUGCCAUUGACACAAUUAUAGGAACCUUACAUGAGGCAAAUCGGUUUUUUGAACUUCAGCGGCCUUGGGAAGCACAUAGAGAAAAGCGCAAUGCAGAAAUUCACAUGGUAAUGGAAACACUGAGAGUGAGCAGUGUGUUACUGUUGCCAAUUGCACCACGUCUAGCAGAACAGGUGUUAGACAGAUUGGGAACUUCACCAAGUGCCAGAGAUUGGGCAAGCUUACAGACUCUAAGUUGGAGUGGUGGAAACAUUGGAGGUUGGAAGCUGGGAACAGAUCGUUCAGCACUGUUUAGGAGGCUACAGUUUAAGUAAUAAAAUGGAUUAUUAAGUUCUUCCUGCUGCAUGUGAUGAAGCAUUGUUUUAACCUUCACAGAAGUUAAAUUGGAGGGGUACAAAGAAAGGGUGACAUUACUGUAACUGUCAUAGUAGUUGAUGUACAGGGAUCCAAUUGUUCAGUUGUACAAUGAAUUUCCUUGUUGUGUGCGAUUUCAGAUACAAAGUAGAUUGUUCAUUAUCAACAGAUGCUGUAUUUCUUUGCUUCUUUUUAUGAAAAGUAGGCAAUAAACUAUUAUCUUUUUUAAAUAAAUAUUUCCCCAUAA